CGCAGCUGCUGAUGAGAAGAGGAGACAGAAAAUACAAGAUUCUCACACUGGAGAGGGGAGACCGAGGGGGAGAGAUAGAGGGGGAGAGCAGAUUGUCCCUGUUCAUCAUCGCAGAAAUCGGGAUGGGAGAACAGAAGCUUUCCUGCAGCUACAGAUAGACGGUCACAGAAAGGGGAGAACAAUGUGUCCUGAAAGGAAGCUACAGCAGAAACCUUGUGAUUUCAUCCCACUCUGCAAGGCUGUGCGACUCAACAAGACUACAUGAGUGCAGGAGCAAAGCAACUCAACCUAUAAUUGGACACUUGAUGAGAUUUGACAUGCUGAUAAAAAAAACAUUUCAAUCCACGGAUGGAGUGCUUUGUAUGUGCAGUUUAUCCAAGUGGUAUGAAGUCUCUUUUGAUCAGAACUCUGCACUUACUACUACCCUGAAAAAAACAGGCAAUAUGAUGUUUAUUCGUUUAAAUUAAAUUAUACAUGAUUGCCAACAAAGAAUCCUGCAAAUCCGAGAGUAUUUUGAGAGCUGCACUUGCAGGUCGAUGAUGUGAAGGUUAUUAUGCAACCGCUGCAAACCCAAUUUUUUCUGUUAUAUUGAAAUAUGGAAGGUUGGACUUAAUAAGAAUUGAUUGACCACUAAAUAUACCAGAGACCCAGGAAACUCAAGGACUUAUUGAUGGUGAAAAAACGGAACAAUGGACAUUUUCUUUCUUGGAUAAUCAGAGGUAUUACAAAUUCCAAGAAGCACACAGUUUUCCUUGACAGGUCUUUAUAGCACCAUUAGCUAGCAUCAUUCAAACUUAAAGCAUCAUAUACUACUAACGUUGAAAAUGGAUUUCAAUGGGAGCCAGGACUAUGGGUCCUAUCCAACAGGGCUGCCCUUUAACACAAGCAUGGACUAUGAGGACUACUACCAGGAGCCUGAUGCCAGUAAAAUCAUAAUUCCAUCCAUCUAUGCUCUUGUCUGCUGCGUCGGUCUUACUGGCAAUGCCAUGGUCAUCUACGUCAUUCUGAAAUAUGCCAAAAUGAAAACAGCUACUAACAUUUAUAUCCUCAACUUGGCUAUUGCUGACGAGUUGUUCAUGUUGAGUGUUCCUUUUCUGGCCACAUCGGCUGCUGUCCGCCAUUGGCCCUUCGGUUCGCUGAUGUGUAGAUUGGUGCUGAGCGUAGAUGGAAUCAAUAUGUUUACAUCAAUCUUCUGUCUGACUGUGUUGAGUGUGGACCGUUACAUAGCAGUGGUCCACCCUAUAAAGGCGGCCCGCUACCGCAGACCCACUGUGGCCAAAGUGGUGAAUGUGUGCGUAUGGGGGCUGUCACUGAUAGUCAUCCUGCCCAUCAUUAUCUUUGCAGACACGGUCCCAGCACAGGAUGGUGGGGUGGACUGUAACUUCUUGUGGCCUGAAUCUGCAUGGUCAGAAGCAUUUGUGGUCUACACCUUCUUAUUGGGGUUUUUACUGCCGGUCGGGGCCAUUUGCCUCUGCUACUGUUUGAUGGUGGCCAGGAUGCGAGCAGUUGGGCUAAAAGCAGGCUGGCUUCAACGGCGACGCUCGGAGAAGAAGAUCACCCGGAUGGUGCUGCUGGUCGUGGCUGUGUUCGUUAUCUGCUGGAUGCCCUUCUACAUCGUCCAAUUGGUCAGCGUUUUCCACAGGCCCCCAGACCCCAUGGUGACUCAGCUGUUCGUCAUCCUUAGCUACGCUAACAGCGGCGCCAAUCCUAUCCUGUACGGCUUUGUUUCCGACAAUUUCCGGCGUUCCUUCCAGCGCAUUGUGUGUUUCCGCUGGCUGGAGUCUGGGCUGGAUGCGGAACAAGUGGAUUACUGUGCUGUGGCUUUGAAGAGACAAACAGCAUGUAACCCUCUGGAUUUUCCCAAGGACUGUAUGGCUUCUGAUAUGGUGUUUCGCAAUGGAACAUAUACCUCCCGUACAACCACAGUCUAACCAGAACAGGGGCUAAAAGAAGUAGCUUUCACCUAUGGAGGAUUGCAAGUGUGCAAUUUCAACAUUGGAUAGAGAACCCUGAAGAACAACUAAAGGACCAGCAGAAAUUGUUCAGCAGCUGACUGAUAUGUUAAGAGAAAAACUGAAAAAGGAAAUAUGUAUAACUGUUAAGAUCCCACUUAUUAUCUGUUUCGAAGUGGGACAGAAUGUAAAGCACAGGUGAAUGUAAGCACAACAUGGUAUGCUUAUCAACAUUUUGAUACUGUUACAUAACUUGUAACAAUGGACAUUUUACAAAAUCGCACUGUGGUGCUUAUGGUUGAAUCAAAGCAUUGUUAAGAGGGACUUCAAUCCUUGUAAGAGUUGGAAUGUGACGCAGCUGCUAUGUGUGUAGACAAAGUUUACAAAUGGCCUCAUUAACGUUAUCAGCAUUGGGUUAAAACCCAAAAUAUUGCCACAUUGGCGCUUUUGCUUUUCGCUUUGUAUCCAAAUCGUGAUUUUCCAUUUAGUCAACCCAGUAUCGUCAUGUUUAGGGUGAACUCUGCUGCUGCUGUAUGGGGCAUACCGUUUACAUUUUUACCGUAUCGUCAGUUCAACCCGGAGAGACGUGAUGUAAGGAAUACAUAUUUAUUGUUACACGUCACGAAUGAAAUGAUUGCCAUGAUAAUACAACAGGAGAAUGGAAUGGUGUUUGGCGAUUAGGCCCCGGUUUGCAGGAUAAUCAUUCAGGAGGGAAAGAACCGCUCC